UGCGGUGAGGUCUCGGGUUCGAGUCCUGGGAAGUGACGAGAUUUUCUCGUCUGGCUAUGGCGGUGGCGGAGGCGCGCAAGCUCGAUCCGGAAGAGCUGUGGAAAUGGAUGGACGAUUUCCACUGGCAGAACUUCCACGGCAUCUGGGUCAACUGGCGCAUCGAUGGGAGCUCUGCCUGCGACCCCGCCAAGGUGUAUCGCAGCAUCAGGUCAUUCCAGUCCCAUGCCGACGAUCGCUCGGUCGUCUUGCACAAGAACGAUUGGUACGACCCCAGGGGCGGCAACAGGGAUUGGAUGCUUGGCCCGUGGCUCAUCAAUCGCCAGGAUCACUGCGGCGCCGAUGGGAUCAUCCAUCCCGCGGUUCCAUCGUCGCGGACGCUCAUCUUUCCAAACGGAGACCUUGGCUGGCUGCCGCUGGAGAUUGAUUUCCCCCGCAAGCCCGUGCCAUCCGAGGUCCAUUUCAUGCUUCCAGGCAAGGAGGGGAGAGCGGCGAUCAUCUUUAGCUACAGUACCGAUGGAUCGGUCUCAGCAUCUCAGAUUCUCGAGGAGUCCAGAGAUUCGGGCGAGCGCCCGGGAGAUUCAUGGCACGGGAGCGUCUGGAAGCACGAACUCGCCACCGUUCCUCUGGAGCCGAGCCGGGAGGAGCCGCGCGGGGAAUUCGUAGGCCAGGAGAUGACGUUGUUUCCCUGCGAUCUGACACUGGAGACAAGAGGAGGAGUAGCCUGGGGAGGAUUCAAGAGCGCUUGCGACGAAGAACACGCCUCCGUGGUCCAUAUGCCCUAUGGAUUCACGGCUUGCGUGCCAAGAAAGGUGAAUCCUGGCCAAGAAUUCGCGUGCCUGGUGAAUUGGGUAGUGAGCGCGGAUGAAGUGAGGAGGAUCUCGUGGAAGUAUUCGGCGGAAGGGAAGCUCGAUCACAUCAAAUCGGCAAGCUUCCACCCUGUGAAGACCUAAAACAGAGUAGUUUAAAAUUUAAAAUUUUAAAAAUUUGCGGGAAAA